AUGGCGACUCCUACCCAUAUGAAAGCGACCAUUCUAUCCAAGAUUGGCGGACCUGAGGGCUUCAAAUUCUCAGACAAGAUACCAGUUCCCGAACUGAAGGAUGGAUUUGUCAUUGUGAAAAACACGUUUGCGAGCUUGAAUUUCAUCGAUGUCUAUUUUCGAACCGGUGCCUACCCUACGCACCAAGGCCCGAACUUGAACCUGGGCCAAGAGGCUUCUGGGCUUAUUGAGGCAGCGCCAGAGAACAAUCCGUUCGGUUUCCAAAAGGGCGACCGUGUGGUAUGGAUCGCUCAAGGUGGCUAUGCACAGUACACGGCAGUUCCAAUCACCCAAGUUAUCAAGGUUCCAGAAGGUGUUGCGGACGAGGAUGCAGCGGGUGUGUUUUUGGCUGGUAUGACAGCAUUGGCUGUGAUCAACGAGUCUUUCAACGUGAAAGCUGGUGACAGUGUACUUGUCCAGGCAGCCGCAGGGGGGCUGGGUCUGUUGCUUUGCCAAGCUCUUCGUGAUCGAAGUGCUUUGGUAAUCGGAACUGCCGGAGGACGCGAGAAGUGUGACCUAGCACUGCAACAUGGAGCGGAUCAUAUGAUUGAUUAUCGGGAGGAGGUGAACUGGGCCGAGAAGGUGCGGGAAUUGACAAACGGGGAAGGUGUUGAUGUGGUAUAUGAUGGCGUUGGCAAGGAUACUUGGGAGGGCAGCCUUGCGGCAGUCAAGAAAUUUGGUAAAGUCGUUUUUGUUGGCAGUGCCAGUGGCCCAGUGCCUCCCUUCUCCAUUGAAAGGUUGACUGAAAAGAACGCUUCUAUCAUGCGACCUACUUUGCGAAACUAUAUCGGUACAAGAGAGCGACUCGAGCGAUAUGGCAAUGAGGCCCUUGAUAUGGUACGAACUGGAAAGUGGAAUGUCCGAAAGCACAGUCAUUACUACUCUUUGGAGGAGAUAGAACAGGCCCAUAGAGACUUGGAAAGCCGGGCCACCACGGGGAAAAUGUUGAUUAGAAUUUAG